GUCAUCGACGGAAGUCGUAUGGCUUGCCCAGAACAGCAUACUGUCAGCGUAGCUGCUAGCUGACCGCUGUCCAAAUAACAAUUGCAGCCUCUUAAAGAAAACAUCGCCGGUCAAAGUUAAACUUAUUUGCUAGAGAACAUGGACGAAGACGUACUGACAACCCUAAAACUGUUGAUAAUCGGUGAGAGCGGAGUCGGAAAGUCAAGUCUCCUCCUGAGGUUUACAGAUGAUACUUUUGAUCCAGAGCAGUCAGCUACAAUAGGUGUGGAUUUCAAAGUUAAGACAAUUGCUGUAGAUGGGAACAAAGCAAAGCUUGCCAUAUGGGACACGGCUGGGCAGGAGAGGUUCCGCACCCUAACUCCCAGUUACUACCGUGGGGCACAGGGAGUCAUAUUGGUUUAUGAUGUCAGCAAACGGGACACCUUCACAAAGCUUGAAAACUGGCUGAAUGAGCUGGAGACAUAUUCCACACGUAAUGACAUGGUCAAAAUGCUGGUCGGAAACAAAAUUGACAAGGACAACCGUGAAGUGGACAGAAAUGAAGGCCUGAAAUUUGCUAGGAAACACUCCAUGCUUUUUAUUGAGGCUAGUGCUAAAACCAAGGAUGGUGUCCAAUGUGCCUUUGAAGAGCUUGUGGAGAAGAUCCUCCAGACUCCAGGGCUUUGGGAGAGUGACACCCAGGGUCAGACGAUCUCUCUGAGGGACCAGGAACAGCAGCGAGGUGGCAGGGCCUGUGGAGGGUACUGCUCCAUACCCUAAGCAGGACAAAAUGAGAUUAUACCACCUUAGUUUUGACGGAAUACGGACCGGAAACAGAGUAAAGAAAAGAGAGGUGAAGGAGUAGAGGAGUGCUUUGUGAGAGGAAUUCAUCGCUGGAAGACUUCAGAGAAUUGGCCUGUUGGACAGGCUCUGCUGUUUGCACACUACUUGCUCAACCAUCAUCUGCCAUGGGUCACAGUUCAUUACUUCCUGUUCGAAAUGGGAAUGGAAAAAGAAAUUAUGUAAAAAAAAAACAUACAUCACUCAUAUGUCAAGGCGUAUGUUGUUUUGAAUUGAUUUAACCAUGACAUUAUUUGUUCUGAAUUCAUAUUGGCAUCACUGAGUUGUCAUUAUGUUGUGCAUUAAGUUCAUAAAAUGGUUAUAAAAUGCACCUGUUUGUAGGUUACAGCUUUGUAAAUCAGAGUCGGCCUGAUUUAAUUAUUGCGAUAAUAUUAAAAUUAUAAUCUAAAUGGUAGCCUUUUCCAGUCUUUCCCUCUUGUAAGUCUAUGCUAGGAGACAUACAGGUGUCUGGAGUGAAUGUACAAGAAAGCUUUUCUGGAAAGACUGUUCAAAUGUUCUACGUUAUACAAUGCCUCAUUCAGUACUUAACCAUGCGUACUAGUGGAGGUGUGGUAUAAAUACUUGGUAGAUCGUGGUGCUGUCCGUCACAGAACACUAUGCCUGACGCAGGUAUUCCUUAUGCACUAGAACACUGUGAACCUUCCCAAAGAAAGCAUUUCAUGAGACGCCAUCACAUGUCCAUGGGGUUCUCAAUUACAUUCAAGAUUCGAGAUUACUUUAUUUGUCCCUAGGGAAAUUUGUCUUGAACAUAAUCCUCUAUCAUCACCGUUAACCAAAUUAUUGAUUCUUUGACCUCCUUUUCUCGCUAUGUUUGCAUUUUGUGCUUCCAAUAAUAUAGAUACUUUAAGGUUGAUGCUUCCCCCCCCUGUCUCUUUUUAUGGGGGAAAGGGGUAAUACUAUGCUAAUCUGCUGUCUUGUUUUUUAGCUCUGCUUGCAACCAAGUAUGUUUGUCAUGAGGGCGCAUGUCAGGACCAUAACUUUCACAGUCCAAAGGGUGAGGUUUACAAAACAGUGCUCAGAUAUUUUCCAAUAAAAUUUUCUCUACUACUGGAGCUUUCUGUUCCCUUUGCCUAACAGUUUUGGCAAAAAGCAAUCAAGACUCUGCCAAUUUGACAUGACAAAGAGAGCAAUUGGUCUAUAAACCUUUAUUUUAUUCCUUUUUAUUUUGGCGUUUCUGUGUGGCAUAGUGUCCAUAAACUGUCGCCGCUGACAUGCGGAAGACAUUGCUCAUGCAGUGCAGCAUUCGUUAGAACAUUCCUGUGGCACUUGUUCAGAAACAUCCUCGUAAAAUCUGUGCUCACUGUGUUGAUUUCAGGGGCAUAUCUGUGAUUUACUAGAUGAUUAUUGCAUAGUUUCUUGUGUUUGUUAAAAGAAACAGUUUUUCCUCCUUUCCUCAUACUUUUUUUUUCUUGAUGUUGCUUGUUUUUGCUUUCAUUUGAGUCCUGUUACUUUAAGAUUAAAUAUAUGCCUUAACAUUCAACGGUACUCACGUGUUAUUGAAUCUGAAACAGAUAACAGUGCUAAAAUGAAUUAUGUUCAAAUGUCACCAUUACCCGUACCGCAGCCCUAAAUGUCAUUUUAUUGCCUUUAUUAAGAAUUUCCAUCUAGUUGUCAUGUUGUGCAGAGGCUUGCCUAAUCAGAAGCAGGUUCCAGAGUAGAUAGAGUGAGGCAGUCUUUCCAUUAAAACCUUGUUGAUGGCUCUGGGGGUGUUCUACAUGCAAGAUCGAAGACAUUUUUUGCUCAAAAUGUCACAAAGCAGGCAGAAACAGGGUCACAUGUGGAAAAAUCCUGGUAAGCAUGUUUAAGAACGUCGUGCCAAAGGACACUGUGAUUAUAAACUUAUGUUCAAUGUCCCCAGGUGGAAAAUAAUGGUGUCCGUGGCUGUCCUCUGCAGGGGAUGAGUACCAGAUAUACUCUUGAUGGCUUAUCAUGUUAUAUAUCAAAUAUAUAUCAUGUCAUAUAUCAAAUAUAUAUUAUGUUAUAUGUUUCCUCUAUUGAGAAUUUCUGGCAGGUUACACUGCACUAAGUAAUUCCUGUCAUCUUAGUUUGCAUUUUUGGGACAUCUUGACAUUUAAAACAAGGUAGAAGUUUACAAUAAGGCAUACUGUAU